CCAUGUGACGCCUUCUUGGCCUCCUCUAGUUAUGGAUGCAUCCUCCCUUACUCUGAUGAGGACGGUGGACCCCUGCACCAGCUGAAAAUGUGAGUGGGCUUUGUAUGUAUUCUUUUUUUUUUUUUUUUUGCGGUACGCGGGCUUCUCACAGCUGUGGCCUCUCCCGUUGCAGAGCGCAGGCUCCGGACGCACAGGCUCCGGACGCGCAGGCUCAGCGGCCAUGGCUCAUGGGCCCAGCCGCUCCGCGGCAUGUGGGAGCUUCCCGGACCGGGGCACGAACCCGCGUCCCCUGCAUUGGCAGGCGGACUCUCAACCACUGCGCCACCAGGGAAGCCCUGUGAGUGGGGUUUGGUUCAAGAGGGAAGGACUCCCUUCUCCAAAGAACUGCAUGGAGAUGUGGGGUCUGUAGAUGGGCAGGGCUGGCAGAACCCUGGAUCCCACUCAUCUGAUGGUUCGUGCUGAGGGCAGAGGUCUGAGGGCUUCUCCUGGAAAAGAGGAAAGGAGUCCAAGAGAGCUGCGCACGGAGCUGGGGUGCCCCGAGGAGCAUCCGGGAGGUCAGAGGAUGUCCUCCAUCCUAGGCACCUGGCUGCACCAUUACACUGAGCAUUUCCACCAGCCCCCAGAAUUUCCCUGCCUGAAGAUGCUUCCGGCUUACACAGAGCUCAGCAUGCCUGGCUCAGACCUGGAGCAGCAAACCCACCUUCUCCUGGCACAGCUGGAGCACCUAGAGCCCCCUGAGGCAGAAGGUGAUGCACCAGCUCCAGAACAAGCUCUUGAAAUACCUCAAGACCUAGAGCCAGCAACACUGCUACUGCCCACUACAGCUCCAGAGCCAGAGCAAGCUCAAGCCACAGCUCCUAUUCAAGUUCAAGGGCUAGAUCAUGCAAAUAUGGUAGCUCCAAUUCCAGAGACAGAGAAUGCUCAUGCCGUAGCUUUCAUUUAAACUCCAAGUGAUGAAAAGCACCUACAGAGGCUCUAAAUGGAGAUCCAGAGAAGGUACAAGAAACAGUUCUCCUUCCGUAGUCAAAGUCUGAAUCAUCACGGAAACCUGUCGUAGCACUUCCUCUACAGCCUCGGCCAGUGUCCUUAACAGCCUCAGUUCCAGAACUUAAGCCAACCUCAACCAGGGAGCUGAGCUACCCCUGGCUUUGGAGCGCCAUCGUGCUUUGGAACCAGCUGUGGCCCCGGAGUGUUAUCCAGCUCCAGUUCUAGAUCUAGAGACCACAGCAGACCCAGUUCUUCUAGCAACUCAGGUGCUGCUCCCAGAUUAGCAACAAGCACCAGCAUUAGCAGUGCCUUCAGGGCCAGAUGAGGAGUUGCCCCACUGCCAGCAGCAAAACUGGAGCCUUUCUUCUCCUCCCUCAUAAUUCCAUUUUUAAUGUAUGUUUUUAAAUUACAUAUACUAACUUGUUUA